AUGAAAGCUGCAAGAAGUAACGGAGGACGUGCUGGUAAUGGCUAUACCAAGUCGGGAAUGAUAAAUAGUGUUGCUGCAACCCAAUCACAGCCUCGCGUUGUAUUCACCAAUACAGUUACUGCACCAUCUGUUCUUUUGGAGAAACUGCGAACCAUUUUUUCCGAGGUAACCAUCUGUCUAAAGGACAAAAAUGCACCAUCUUCGGCGGAUGACUUUAUCAACGUUGUGGAGGACGGGCUGCGUGCAUUGAAGGUUGCCAAAGCUGCCAAAUGCGAAAGGGUGCAGCGGGAGGCUGAGGCCGACACAUCAAACGCGAAGUGUCCCAAACCCGAGCGUUCCGGCACCGAUGAACAGGAGAAGCCAGAGCGUGAAAUUAGCGGCUGGCUACGCGCUGUGAAACAAAGUUUGGUUAAGAACAAGAAGAUCUCACCGAAGCCGAUCGCCGACGAGGAGCAGCAGCGCGAGGAGAUUCUUGCGGCGAGACACGCGUCAGCACUUCGAAGUGAGGAGCGGCAGCGUAUAGCGGAAGAAAAACGGUUAGAGAAAAUUCAAGAGAUGAAGCUGAAAUUAGAGGCAGCUGAAGAGAGGGGUGCACUUGCAAAGGAGCGGCGCAGGCAGGCGGAGGAGCGGCUACGUAUCGACACAAUGGAACGCCUCGAAAGUGGUGCCCGGCGCGUUGAAGAGGCAAGGGAGCAGACAAAGGAACGUGCGCGGCGAGGGAUCUCUCGUGUUGAGGAGGUGCGACUCAACAAUGAGUUGCGCCACCAAGCGAAGGUACUUUUGCUUGAUCGGAAAAUGUCAGAGGUGGAACACAACCAGGAGCAGAAAAGGGAGGAACUCCAACGAUUGGCACAGGAGCGAAACGAAGCCAUACUCGCUGCUGCUGAGAGGAGACGAAGCCUCGGCCAAGAACGUAUGGAGCGGCAACGACAGAGAGAGCAGCAAAGACGCGAGAACCUAAGACGUCUUGAAGAGCAAAAGAAACUAGAAAAGGACAUGAAGGGACAACGUGCUGAGGAAUGGGAAAAAAAGGUUCAACAGCGUCAAAGGGCAGCCUCCGCUGAAGCCGAGGCCCGGAGCAGAAAGGCUGAGGAACGCAUACAACAAAGUGCCCAACUCCGUGAAGAAAAGAUUACGAAAUUGCGGCAAAAACUGGAGGAGCAGGAGCAAAAAAUCAAGGAAGCGAGGCAGCGCAAGGAGCGUGAACCCGACACCAAGCUCACAAUUGCCGAGUUGAUGCCCACCAUUCCACGGGAGGAGGGAGAGGAAAUGGAGCAAAAGUUUUUGAAAGUAUUGUCGAUGAUCACGCGCCAGGGGAGGAGCUUUAUCGAUAAAUAUCAAAGGGAGAGCUUGAUAGAUCAAAAGGACCUGAACCGCAGUAAGUUGAAGUUGACUAUUUCCCGGUUAGGCUCAGGCAUUUCGCCAGCCCCUGUGACUCAGGUCCGGCAAUCGCUGCGGGAAAUUCUAGAGGCGCCGGACCUCGGGGAUACUGACCAUGAAUACAUGCGGUAUUUUAAUGCGUAUGAAAACAUAAUUGGCGUAAUACUGGAAUCGAGGCGGACGAAUAACAUGUCUGUUCUUCGGCUUGCACACGAGGCACUUCUGCGUUUUCUUGCAGACAAAAAUGAAGGGAGAAAGCACAUAGUAUCUUUUGUUCGCUCGGGUAAUCUUGCCCCUCUCCUGCAGUGUAUUAGUGAGGAAAUUAAGGGCUUGAAGCGUCAGUCACGUUCCGUUCCGCUCGACGCUAUGCUCGAAGCACUACACUUGUGUUUUGAAGGCGUCACGUCAGCCGUGCAAGCGGAUACCAGUUUGUCGUCAGUGAGAGAGCUGUUGCUUAGCAGUUUUGACUCAACCAACAUAGAAAAGUACUGCAUCGCCGUUGUAAAAGUGUGCUCGGAUGAAGAGGACUUAGAUGUCGCACAUAGCGCGACGCGGAUUCUGAGCUCGAAAAUAAGCAUAUUGAAUCGUAGAAAGGGUGGGUGCCCAAUUGCUUUGGUUCAAGAAGCAGCAUCCUCUUUUUUUGCCCUUCUUCAGAAUAUAUUAACACCCAACGGCUGCUCCUUGAGUGAGCUGAGUCCAGUGCUUAGUGCUCGGCGGGUUACCGUAGUUUGUGUUGCAUUUAAUGCCUUAAACUGCCUCGCUAGGUGGAAUCUGGAAACACUGCAGGAACUACUUCACGAUUCCCCCACCAACAAGCGGACGGGCGCUCAUUCUGGUUCUAAUACCAUACCCACGGAGUCGUCGAACACGUUCACAAGAACUGAGUUGUUCCAUAUGCUUAACGGGUUCUUUACAUACGUACAAUCUCACACAGACAGCUUGGAAGCGAUUAAGGAAGAAAAUCCUGCCCGUGGUGCUGUUGGAGGCUCAUUUGAGGAGGCAUUGAAGUUUGGUGUGUCGGCAGAGCAAAUGCCGCUGCUUGCCAGAACGGAAGCCAUUAGUUGUGCAACGUCCGGGAAGGUUUCCGUGACAAACCGCCAACAAAAUAACCUGCGCGGCGCGUUACACGAAUGCUUACUUUUGAUAGGCUACCUCUCCAUACAGGAUCCAGAAAUUCAGGACAUCUUUGCCUGGGGGAAGGGCAAGUCACUGCUGUCAAAGAUACUUUCCACCAUGCCCUUUCAAUAUUUUACGACGGGCCGUCAUAUUUUCUACCCGACGCUACUGACCAUUCUCGUUGACUCAGGGGACAAUGUAACACUGGCGAAGGAGGAGAUGGACACGAGAUCGUUGCUAGAGUUCAUUCGUGAAGAAUAUCAAUCACUCCCGAAAAAAAGCAAGCUGCACGCCCUCCAGCGCUAUAACGAGCUCCGGUCUGAGGCACUUGCAAACAAGGAGCGUGCGGCAACUGAGGCAGCGAAGAAUGCACAACCGACCAGCUGGGCUGACUUACUCGGUGGGGACGACGAUGAGUUUCUUAUCUUGGCGCAGAAACAAAUGGAGCUUAAACCACUGGAGACGAAGCCGGUGGAAACUCGCCAUCCAUUGUGGACUCCUGAGAAGGAGCGGUUUGCCAAAGCACUGAAGAAUCAGGCGUUGACUCCAUCAGGCUACUUUAAGAUAGAGAAACGCCUCCCUAUAACUCUUUGGCCAACGGUUAUAGAUCAACUGGCUGUUGUUGCGGGAGAAGAACGAGAAGGUUUGAUAGAUUCAGCGGUUUAG